CUAGACGACCAGCAGUACCCGGAUUGGAGUGGUAUUGACAGCGAGAACCAGUCCCCAGGAAGGCAUUCCCAACCCCCUGAAGGCUUCUUCUCCUCCACCAUCCAAGGCCUCCAGACUGCCGUCAACAUCUGGGCCAAAGAUCACGGCCUCGCUGUGGUACGAAACAACGGUCGCAAUAAGAGAAAUGCGGCGAGGAGCAAGGAAGCUAUACACGGUACGAGAUGCUCUGUGACAGGAAUGGCAAACCGACCUCCUCGCCAACAGGCCUGAGGAAGUCAUCCUCACGCAAAUGCGACUGCAAGUGGAAAGGUUAUACCGUUCUAUCUGAGACCGGCUGGCUAUACCGAAACUAUUCAGACAAUGUCCCUCACAACCACGAGCCCUCUACCCAACCCUCGGCACACCAUUCCGGAACCCAAAGUUGGUGGCGUCCCAGGUUAAAAAGGGCCAUUCAUACGCUCGGGUUCAUCCUCCUUACUCAUCCCCGACGGGGUCCCGGGUUUGAGUCCAUCCCCGAGCUGGGCCAGGCAGCCACCAUUUCUCCGGCAGGGGUUCAGUCUCCGUCCCGGGCCGUCACCGCCUCUUAACCGGCUCCCGGGGACGGGCAAUCCCGCUUUUCAGCCUCGGGUUGUCGACAUUUGAUUGAUAUUGGAUCGCCGCCAUCGCAAUUGGGGACGAAAUCACAAAGUCAUGGACGUGGUGAGUACCUAUCUGGGAAUAUC